CAGGCCCCGAAUCCACAUUCAAGCGUACAGCAGUGGCCACACUUGGUGAGACUGGAAGCGUUUACAUGCAAAGACGGCUUGCACCGCGAUCUUUUCCAAGCAGGCCACAAGGGCCACAAUCAUUGACACGCCGACUGUUUAGUCAGGAAACGUAGGGCCUGAGGAAAUAUCUGAGUGGCAAUGCUGGAGUUAGUCCUCAAAAAACUCGUCAAAGCGCGAGCUGCUCGUCGGGUGGCACGGAUGUGGCAAGGAAAGUUGAGUAGCCGCACUGAUAUGCUAGGAAUCUACGGCUCCGGUUAUCCAUACGUACCCCGCUACGCCAAGGCUCAGGGCAUCCUAAGGCUCUACGAUGGAAGGAAGUCAACUCACGUAGGCAGCAUUCUUGAGCAGUAGUGAGGGAAAGUCCUCUGGGGAAAGGGACCAUCGACGUAACAAACCAUUACUUGGGAAUAAGGUAUCGCGGCGCUGUCCCCGGGCAGAUAAUGCCUAUGGUUCCACGCCCCUUACGUGAGCCAAGGUAGUAUUAGCGCUUGAUUCUAAGAAAAUGGUAGAGAAAGCCUAACAUGUCGCGCAUAGAACGUACGAAGGGUGAUCGGAAAGGCUCAUUCCAGGUAAGGUCGAUAGACGUGUCACUGACGAACAUACAGUAUGCGGUAACACGAUGGCCUAUAUCUGCAGGGGUGGCAGUAGAAAGAAGAAUAUGAGUUGCACCUCCGGACAGAGUUUCCUUCAUACAUGUAGC